AAGAUACGGAGUACUCGAUAGGAGUACAAAUUACUCCGUACAAAAUAAGCACCCACGGCAGUUUACUGCAGAUUCAUGUUCUUGUGGUCCACAAUCGAAUCAUCUUUUGCGAGUAAAAAUUACACCAGCUAGCCCGCAGGAAACCGAAAUCCGGCCGGAGAUGGUAUUGGGGGAAUUAGGAGGGGGCAUAGCCCGCGCAAUCCAGAGCGUGAACAGGGCGACAAUAGUCAACGACCAAGUAUUGACCGACUGCCUCAACCAAAUCAGCCGAGCUCUUCUUCAAGCAGACAUUCAAUUCAAGCUUGUUCGUGAUGUGCAGGCCAAUAUCAAGUCCGGUGUCGACCUCCACAACCUACCUGCAGGCCAUAACCUGCGCAAAAUCAUUCACCAGGCAAUAUUUAAGGGACUCUGUAACAUGAUGGAUCAUGGCAAGCCUUUUUUCACUCCAAAAAAGGGGCAAACAUGUGUCGUUAUGUUUGUUGGUUUGCAGGGUUCUGGAAAGACAACAACGUGUACAAAGUACGCGUAUUAUCAUCAGAAAAAAGGCUGGAAACCUGCCCUGGUAUGUGCCGAUACUUUCAGAGCAGGAGCUUUUGAUCAGCUCAAGCAAAACGCAACAAAAGCUAAUAAGAUUCCCUUCCAUGGGAGUUAUACCGAACCCGAUCCCGUGAAGAUUGCGGUGGAAGGUGUGGAGAGAUUCAAGAAAGAAAAUCGUGAUCUCAUUAUUGUUGACACCAGCGGGCGCCACAAACAAGAAGCUUCUCUCUUUGAAGAAAUGCGCCAAGUUUAUGAGGCAACCCAGCCAGAUCUGGUUGUGUUUGUCAUGGAUGGAAGCAUUGGUCAAGCUGCGUUUAAUCAAGCUCAUGCUUUUAAGCAAACUGUUGAGGUUGGAGCUGUUAUUGUCACCAAAAUGGAUGGCCAUGCAAAGGGUGGUGGCACUCUUAGUGCCAUUGCAGCAACAAAGAGUCCCGUUAUAUUCAUCGGAACAGGAGAACAUGUGAAUGAUUUUGAAGUUUUUGAUGUCAAGCCUUUUGUUAAUCGCCUUCUAGGGAUGGGAGACCCAAAUGGAAUCAGGGACAGGUUUCAAGAGGCUGUUCCGGUGGAUCAACAACCUCAAUUUCUGCAAAAACUCUCAGAAGGAAAUUUUACAUUGAGAAGUUUUUAUGAGCUAUUGCAG